AUGAUUAUGAAGACACGCGACACUCUUGUUGAAGAGUUGCAUAAGGUCGUUAUCGAAAACCAUACCUAUGAUGUGCCAGCGUUUGUAUCACUUGCUACCGAAGCGGAGUCUUUUCCUUAUGCUCAGUGGCUACUUGAACAAACAAAUAUCACCAAAUCGGAUACUGGAAAGGAUUCUGAAGGCUUGUGA